AUGGAUCGAGUCAAUCGCAUGAUUCAGGAGGAAUUGCGCAAUUUCUUAGCGCUCGCCAAAGAUGGGUUGCGAUCUGGCGCAUACAUCUACCCGUUCAAGGGCAUUGUAUACUUCCUAUCCCACCCAUCUCUAUACAAACCAAUGCUCUCGAAGCUCGCGCCUACAGUAACCUUGAGUCUCGUCGUCACCGGCGCCAUGUUCUUUUUCACCUAUAUACCCCAAGCAGCCAUACUGGCCCUUACCUCUGGCCCUCUUAUAGCGCCGUUCUCGGCAGCCCUACUAGUUCUGAGUGAGAGUUCAACGAUAAUCUCCUAUCUUGCGAAAUCGGGUUAUGGCUUCGACCAGGAGACCAUACUCAAUUUGUUUGACGGCACGUUGCUUGCCUGUGGGAAUGAACAGCUGGUAGCCAAGGACCGCAAAAUAAAGCCCGCGUCUGAUCCAAUGGCUCGACUUGGGCAUUUCUUUAAGAAAGGAGGCAGUUCAUUGAUGAACAAGAUGAUGGUGGGGACAUUUAUGUAUAUUGGAGCACAAGGGACGAGGGUUGGGCCUCUAAUGCAUGCAAGGUACUUUUACUUGAAGGGAUGGGGUUCAAAAGAAAGAGAUGAGUGGCUUCAGAAGAACAGAGGCGCAUAUGCGAGUUUUGGAGCGGCUGCUUUUGUUCUGGAGAUGGUUCCUUUUGCAUCCCUAAUCUUUGCAUACACAAAUACCGUUGGUGCUGCUCUCUGGGCUUCCAGACUCGAGAAGACCUUUGCAGCAAACCCCUCUCUACGCGACGCCACCGAGAUGAAAUCGAUGUGA